CCGCUCCGGGGCCGCUGCACCCCGCUCUGCCCCGGUUCCCCCCCGGUUCCCCCCGGUUCCCCCCGCCCCGGAGCCGCUGCACCCCGCUCUGCCUCGAUUUCCCCCGGUUCUCCCCCGUUCCCGCCCCUCCGGGACUGCUGAGCCCCGCUUUCCCCGACUGCCGCCGUGCCCCCGAUUCCCCCCGCUCUGCCCCCGCUUCUCCCCGGUCCUGCCGGUGCCCCCCGCUUCCCCCCGGUGUCCCCCGGCUCCCCCCGGUGUCCCCCGGUCCCCCGCUUCUCCGGUGCCCCCCGCUGCCCUCGGCGUGCCCCGCUUCCCUCUCGGUUCCCCCGCUUCUGCCCCGCUCCCCUCAGUUCUCCCCCGCUUCCUUCCCGCUCCCCCCGGUCCCUCCGGUCGCCGCGGUUGCCCCCGGGCUCCCGGGGGUCGCCCCCGCGGAGGGAUGGGCGAGCACAACCUGCUGAACCCGGGCUUCGUGGGGCCGCUCCUCAACAUCCACACGGGCGACGCCUUCUACUUCCCCAACUUCCGCGCGUCGGGCGCGCAGAUCCCGGCGCUGCCGCCGCUGCCCGCGUACCCCCGCCGCGACAACUUCGCCUCGCUGCCCGCCUGGGCUCCCUCCGAGCCCUGCGGGCCCUACGCGCAGCCCUACCUGGGCUUCGGCCGCGCCUGCGAGCUCGCCCGCGGCGAGGAGGGCAAGUGCUGCUACCGCGAGGGCGACAAGGGCAGGGAGGGAGCCCGGGACGCGGCGCUGCUGCCGCUGGAGCCGCUCAACGCCGGCGGCAGCGCGGGCAACGGCGGCAAUCUGGGCAAUCUCGCGGGGAAUUUGGGCAACCUGGGCAACCUGGGCAACCUCGGCGGCGGCUUCGGCAAGUUCGAGUUCGGCGGGCCCGAGGGCGGCGCGCAGGAGCCGCCGUCCUGCCCGUCCCUGGAGUCGGACUCGGGCUCCUCGCUGCUCACCGAGGGCGGCAAAGGCGACGCGCCGGGGCUGGUGUCGCCCCUGAACGCCGGCGGAGGGGGCGCUCCGUGGUACCCGAUGCACACGAGGUCGCGGAAGAAGCGCAAACCUUACUCCAAGCUGCAGCUGGCCGAGCUGGAGGGAGAAUUCCUGGUGAACGAAUUCAUCACCCGCCAGCGGCGCCGGGAGCUCUCGGACCGCCUGAACCUCAGCGAUCAGCAGGUGAAGAUCUGGUUCCAGAACCGCCGCAUGAAAAAGAAAAGACUCCUCCUGCGGGAGCAGGCGCUCUCCUUCUUUUAA